AUGCAGCAGCCUGGAAUCAACGGGCUUCUCGAUGUUGCCAGACAAGCCUAUAAGGAAAAUACCGAUGACGUCCAUAAACAUGUCGAAGAGCUGAAUCGCGAGUACGGCAUCGAAGCUAUCCUACGGUUCGACAACGGGCGCAAGUACAGCCUUCGAAUGCGAGCAGUAGAUUUCGAGGAUCGGGCUGUACCUGCGGUGCUUGUCAACCAGACCAUGAAGGGACGCUACAUUGAGUGUCUCACAAUGCAUCUCAAGAAACUGAACCAGAGAAUCACCGACUCUGUUGCCGAGGUGGUCAUGCUGAGUGACAAGGUUAUUCAGGAUCUCAUAGACAGCAUUCGAACCCAAUUGCAGCCCCUCUACCGCGUCUGCGAUUCAAUCGCACUACUCGACAUGAUUGCAUCAUUUGCACACACAAGUUCGACGUACGAUUGGAGGAGACCGGAGAUAUCAGAUACUCUGGCGCUUAAAGCUGCUCGGCAUCCCAUCAUGGACGAGGUUUGGCCCAUCCACUGGUUGACUCUGAAGGGUGGCUUCGUACCGAAUGAUUAUUACGCUGCCGAGGAGCACCGUUUCCAGAUUGUGACCGGCUGCAACAUGAGUGGGAAAAGCACUUACAUCAAGAGUGUCUCUCUGCUUCAGAUCAUGGCACAAAUUGGCUGCUUCGUGCCGGUUGAAUACGCCAGUUUUCCCAUCGUCCACAACAUCUUUGCUCGGCUGACCACUGACGACAAUAUGGAGUCCAACAUGUCAAGCUUCUCGCUCGAGAUGAGAGAGAUGGCUUUCAUCCUCAGCAAUGUCACCCACAAGAGCAUCGUCAUCAUUGAUGAGCUAGGUCGAGCUACAAGCACCCGAGAUGGACUCGCCAUCGCGAUCGCCAUAGCCGAAGCCCUUAUACAGAGCCGUGCCAUUGUGUGGUUUGCAACUCACUUCACAGAGCUUGGUAGGUCCCUUAGGAUAAUCCCAUCCCUUGACUUAGCCCCAGGUGGAUCUGGUCCGAAGCUGACUCAAAAUGCCUUAGCCGACGUCCUAGCCGAUCGCCCCGGAGUACUGAAUCUUCGUCUCGUCACGCAGGUCUCGACGACGGACAAUAAUGUACCCAGGUUGACUAUGAUGUACAAGGUUGAGUCGGGAAAGACUGAGGAGUUGCUCUAUGGCAUCACUCUUGCGAAGGCCAUGGCAUUUCCCAAACGGUUUCUUGAGGUUGCCGAGGAAGUCGCAGUAUCUCUGCAUAAACGAAGGGAACAGAAUAAGCAGUCUUCUCAAGCGAGGAAGAUGCUCAACCGACGCAAGCUAAUACUCAAUCUUCACGAACAGCUCAAACAGGUGAAGAAUUCAGAAAUGGACGAUUCAUCGAUGAGAAGCUACUUGAUACGUCUCCGAGAGGAGUUCGUCUUGCGAAUGGAGGCUAUCGAGAGCGGUGGUAAUCAAAGCAGCAGCAACGCUAGUGAGGCUCUCGGAGACGAGGUGGACGGAGGGGACGGAGAGUUCGAUGACGAAGAUGUCUUUGACACUGUUGAUGCCGAGUCACUUUGGAGCAGCUGA